CACAAACAAACCAAACACACACCUCCUCUUUUGCAGACACAGGUUGGAAGUGCACAUUUUAUGCUGUCGUGCCCCGACACCCAAUAUGGAUGCGUCUUCACCGCCACAAACUGCGACGGCGUCACGGGUGGUGGUGACGUAUGAGGACGCGUCGCUGUUUGCGUCUGAUGUGGCGCUGCUGGAACCCGGACAGUGGCUGAACGACGCCAUUUUCACAUUCGCGUUUGAGUACUUUCGACACGGGCAUGCCGAGACCAGGGCAAGGAGCAAGAGCGGCGAUGUCGUGUUCGUGGAUCCCAGCUCCCUGCAGCUGCUCUUCGCCAUGGACGCCGCCUCUGCACGUGUGGCGCUGCUGGAACCGAUUGGGGCAGCCCAGGCCAAGGUCCUCGUCAUCCCUGUCAACGAUGCCGUCAGUGAUGCGCGGCAACCAAACGCUGGCACGCAUUGGGCCCUGCUGGCAGUGGACACGGAGCAGAGCCGUGCCCUUUACCUCGAUUCCAUGCCUUCGGCCAGCAUGCGCGACCAAGUGGUGACGCCACUCCUGACCAGGCUGUCAGCGGCGCUCGGCACGCACAAACGCCUCACGCUGCUGCAGCCGCCAUUCCCGAGACAGGCAAAUAGCUUUGACUGCGGCAUGUACGCAUUGGCAGCAGCCGAGCAUGUUGCUGUCACUGGCCUCAAUCCUGAACCUUCCUUCGAUUUCUUAUCACCAGCCUUCAUCUCCGAGCUGCGGCAGCGAUGGAAGGCAAUCAUCACGGAGACAGCUACGCCUGACAACGGACAUAGCUGAUAUUAGCUCGAAUUGGCUCUGCCCCUUGCUAUUGAGCUCCUUUCCUUGUAAUGUAACUGACCCUUGCUUGACUGCCGACAUGUGUGCAUGUGGUGCGCCCACAGACUGCUCUUUUGCGCGCAUGUUAGUGCCCGCUGCAAUGUGCCGUGAGUUGCGCUGCAGCGUGCUGAUUGAUGUUGUGCAUGUCAUAUGCCUUCGCUGGCGAAGAGAGUAGUUGUACAAACGCUGUCACUUGUGAGGCCGAGUCAAAAUACAAUACAUU